AUGAGAAAUCAUACAACAGUAACAACAUUCAUCCUGCUGGGGGUGACAGAUGACCUAAAAUUACAAAUUACACUUCUGAUAUUUUUAUUUCUCACCUACUUUUUGAGCAUAGCUGGGAACCUGACAAUUAUCACCCUCACACUUUUAGAUUCCCAUCUUAAAACUCCCAUGUAUUUUUUCCUCCGAAAUUUCUCUUUCUUAGAAAUCUCAUUCACCACUGUCUGUAUUCCCAGAUUCCUGUACAGCCUGACAACUGGAGAUAACACUAUUACCUAUAAUGCUUGUGCCAGUCAAAUAUUUUUUGGUGUCCUCUUUGGAGCAACUGAUUUUUUUCUCCUUGCUAUCAUGUCUUAUGAUCGCUAUGUGGCCAUAUGUAAGCCCUUGCAUUACACGACCAUCAUGAACAACAAGAUCUGCACUUCACUCAUUCUCUUCUGUUGGGUUGCUGGCUUGUUGAUUAUCAUCCCACCUCUUAGCAUGGGUCUCCAGCUGGAAUUCUGUGACUCAAAUAUCAUUGAUAGUUUUGGCUGUGAUACAUAUCCUAUUUUAUUGAUAUCCUGUUCAGACAUAGUUCUUAUAGAAAAAGUUAUUUUGGCUUUUGCUGUUUUAACGCUGAUUAUCACCUUACUGGGUGUGGUUCUCUCCUACACAUACAUCAUCAACACCAUUCUAAAAUUCCCUUCUGCUCAACAAAGGAAAAAGGCUUUCUCUACCUGUUCUUCUCACAUGAUUGUGGUUUCCAUGACCUAUGGCAGCUCCAUCUUUGUCUACAUUAAACCUUCGGCAGAAGAAGGAGUGACCCUUAAUAAGGUGGUGGGUUUACUCACUACUUCAGUUGCUCCUAUGCUCAAUCCAUUCAUUUACACUCUUCGAAACAAACAAGUAAAAGAAGCUUUCAAAGACACAGUGAAAAGGAUUGCAUUUCUCACUAAGAAGUAA